AUGGCAGCAAGCAUAAACAGACUCUCGAACAAAGCCCUGCAGGAGAAGGUGAUUCUAGAGGCACUUGAAACCUACACAGCACCUGAAAACUGCGAGGCGCUGCGAGUCAAAACAGUCAAUGGACAAAUUUGGAGCCAGCUCGGACAACAUAUCCGUAGCCAAGAACUGAAGAUGCAGCGCAUCUUAAAGCUCCACACAGCGGCCAUCACCGCCUUUGCUCGGUCCGCUGAAAACACCGACCUCACCACCUGUCAACAGGACGUACUGGCACUCAUGUGCAACACCCAGUAUGAAAUGAAUAAUCUGAGGCGGGAGAACAUCAGGCCUGCCCUCAACCCCAAGUAUGCGGGGCUAUGCAAAGCCCCUGCGCCAGAAAAAGAGGCACUGCUGUUUGGGGCUGACCUUGCAAAAAGGCUAAAAGAACUGGAAGAGGCAGCCAAACCUGCACUGAGCUGCAGAUCUACUACAGGUAAGUAUUUGGUGGCUGGUUUAUCUGAGCAGCUGGCUCAGUAUGAACAGCUGGUAGUGCAGCUCAUAGACCAAUAUCCGGACAAAGAGACCCAGCUACAAGUGAGAGAUGAACACCUUAAGUUACUGGAAGACCUCAAGGUAAAACUCCGUGAAAACGAAGAAGCAUUAUUGGAAAAGACGCAACUUGUCGAUGUGUUGCAGAAAAAGCUUAAUAGGAAUAAUCGGGAUCUAGCGUUGCUGGAAGACUUCAACGAAAAACUCUGGGAAAGGGAAGAGGAACUGCGAGAAACAACAGAACACGUGAAAGUACUGCAGACAAAGCUGGAAAGGAAGAAUUGUGUGAUAAUGGAGUUAGUUGAAGAUGUAAGAAAGCUUGAAGAUAAGAAUGAGGACCUGGACAACAAGUAUUACGCUGAAGAUUACGCCAGCCAUAUCAAGAUCUGUGGUUUGAGGGCGACCCAUAAAGCUGAAUUAACAAAUCUCAAAGAACAAGUGACGCUUCUGUACCAAGAGGCUGCAAGAUCAGAGGAAAGUUCUUUGUCAAUGGAAGCUUCAUACCUAUCUAAAAUCGAGCAGAUCCAAGAGGAGCUGGACAAUGUACAGCUUGUUUCUGCUCAGAAGCUUCUGCUGGAGCACAAAGAUGCGGAGAUUGACUAUGAAGAGGAGGACGACCAGUUAUACCUAAAAGUGAACUGGCCACAAUACGUCGAGGCACAAAAUGAGAAGCUUCAAAAAAUAUUGGAAACAUAUGAAGAGCAAUACCAGAACAUGCAAAUAAGUGAAUCUGAAUCUGCAGAGGAACUGGUGAAGUGGCAAGAAACGGAUUAUAAACCAACACCGAGCCAUGACAACAAUGAGUGGACUGUGAUGGAAUUAAAGAUGAAUCAAGUUGAAGAAAAAAAAGAAGAUUUGAUCUCAGAACUGCAGGAGCUUGAGGAGGAAGUGGGGGAUCUUCAGAUACAAGGACAGGGUCAAGGAUGGACAACGCAGACCACAGCUGGCCAAAAGCUUAUGGAAAAGGAAGAACUGGAAAGCAUUCAACAAUCAACACAGCAGGAGCGCAGAGAGCAAGAUCCGUCCUGCAAGAAUGAAUUGGCUGAGCUAAGACAUGUCAGACCAGCGCCCAGGAAGCAAACCAUUGAAAACGAAACAUACGAGGAAUAUGAGGAGGCUUUUGAGAAUGACUCAAUUGAAAAGGUGGUGGUGGCACGGAAGGCGAAGAGGCGAGUGAAUUUUUUCAAACGUAUAUUCACCUCUCGAAAAUGAAGACUUCACGAUGCAUGUUGGUGUUGAACCGGCCGACCCCUGUACGGAGCCAGUUCAGGGCGACCCACUCGUUCCAGGGCAUGUCCGAGCCAGGUGUGGCUGUGGUGUUUGGUGCAACAGUGAAUUGAGGAGGUCGGGAAGUCUGUUCCCAGCUGGUUCUCCAAGCUCCUAGUGUGUUGAAACCGGAGCCACAGAGGGUGGCUGCGUGACGGUAGAAGGGGCGAUCAGAUGACAGGCGUUGAGGUCCCAGUUGCUGUGAGUCCUGGGCGAGGUGGUGCAAAGGAUGUUUGGUGUCCGAAGGGGCCUUGCACACCGGCCUGUGGGUGAAGUACUCUCUGCAAAGCUUUGGCGGGUGCGAUAGCUGCGAGCACCGGCAGAAGAUCCGGAGUAGGACGUAGGCAGCCGGUGAUGAUCCGCAUGGUGUCGUUGAGGAUGGCGUCCAGCUUGCUAGUAUGAGCGCUGCGGCAUCAUGCUGGGGCGGUGUACACAGCGGUGCUGUACACGAGUGCAAGAGACCGGUUCAGAGAAUAGAUAUCCAGGCGCCCCAUGAUGAUCCAGCCAAGCAAUGCAGGAGGUACACAAAAUGCUGGAGAAACUCAGUGGGUGCAGCAGCAUCUAUGGAGCGAAGGAAAUAGGCAACGUUUCGGGCUGAAACACUUCUUCAGACUGAUAGCGG